AUGGACGACGUGAAAGCAAUUCAUAGUGGAGACUAUCGGGCAACUGCCGAGAAAGAACCCGCGUACGCUAAGAUCACCACCUUCUUUGCCAAAUCCCGCGAAUACAACUGCUUCUACGCAUGGUUUGAUUCUGGGUGUAUCGACCAAAAGAAUAACGCAGAACUCACAGAAUCCAUCCCUGCCAUGUACAAGUGGUACCAAAAUGCCAACGUGUGUAUUGUUAGGCUAGCAGGCGCUGUUGUCGGCAGUAAUAUCUCGGACGAUGAUUGGUUCCAGCGCGGCUGGACGUUACAAGAGCUUAUUGCUCCAACACACCUCAAGAUAUACGAUGUGUUGUGGAAUCCCGUGACGACCGACCGGUACGACAUAAUACGUGAACCGGACUGGACGACACAGGGAAACAUCUCAGGCCCUCUGGCCAGAUCAUUGAAACCAGAGAAUCCACCAGAACCUUCGCAUAUUACGCAUGAGAUAUUAAACGCUACAGGACGUGCGCCGCUAGUCAUUUCCUGGAUGGUUCAUCGCCGCACCACGCAACCAGAAGAUCGCGCAUAUUGCAUUCUUGGACUGCUGGCUUUAUACAUCCAGAUGCCACUUGAACGUGGAGAAGCCUUUGAAAAGGCUUUUUUUCGCGUCCAAAUGUAUGCGUUUGCUUGCACGAGGGAACGAGGCCUCCUGGUAUGGAUAGGGACGCCAUCGGUGUACAACUCUAUGUUCGCGUCCACCCCCGAGAGCUGCGAUUUCUUCCUGCAGACCAUAGAUCCCAUCUCGAACGAAGACGCGGCUAUAUGCGUCAUUCAGCCUUCGUUCGAUGUUCCUCACCUCGUGGAUAAAAACACUGUCAAGAUGCUCAUUUACUCGCUCCUCGAUAGUUCCAUAAUUUCUCCAGAACACUCCAGCGCCAUUAUGGCGAACAUCACCCCAAGUUCUCAAACAGCGGGUAUCCCUGGAAACCUCUUCCUCGGUAUAUUGGGAUCCCAUUCUUUGAAGAACUCGGAGAAUCCUUUCAAUGCGGCAGAUUGGGAGUGGAAUUCAGCGGGAAGGUUGCCGUCUGACAUGCCCGAUGUGCUCCACUAUGCUGUUCUCCUCGUCGGAAAUCCAUCCCUCCUCGACCAACCCUUCGCCCGUGUCCACACGCAUCGCCACAUCUGGCUGAAUCCAGGGUGGGCUGAAGGAGCAGAACCCCUGCUUGCGGGAGCAUUCAGCGAGUCAUUAUCUCAACCCAAUCAGUUUCUGUCACUCUACACGAUGACUAGCGCGACGCCGGAGGAGCGCUACGCCUUGAUCACCCGUGGUCUCGAUGAAGUUCUUGGUGGCCAGCAAAUUCAAGCAAUCCUCGCAGAGGGGAAACAUCCUAAAUGCUACUGGGGGACAGCACCGACGGGGAGACCCCAUAUUGGUUACUUCGUCGCAUUAAACAAGAUCGCUGAUUUCCUGAGAGCCGGUGUAGAGGUCAAAAUCCUUCUCGCAGAUGUACACGCUUUCCUGGACAACAUGAAGGCCCCCCUCGAUCUCGUCGCUCACCGCACGAAAUACUACGAGUAUAUACUACUUGCCGUAUUUCACUCGCUCGGGAUUCCCACAUCGAAACUCGUCUUCGUUCAAGGAUCCUCCUACCAACUAACGAAGGAGUACAACCUCGACAACUACAAACUCUGUGCCACUGUGUCAGAGCACGAUGCCAAGAAAGCGGGAGCAGAGGUUGUCAAACAGGUUGAGAGUCCUCUUCUGAGCGGCUUGCUUUACCCAGGUCUUCAGGCCCUGGACGAAGAAUACCUGGGUGUCGAUUUCCAGUUCGGUGGUGUAGAUCAGCGCAAAAUCUUCACGUUUGCCGAGCUCUACCUUCCCAAACUAGGGUACCGUAAACGCGCGCAUCUGAUGAACCCCAUGGUCCCUGGGCUUGGUGGAGGAAAGAUGUCCGCGUCCGACCCCAAUUCUAAGAUCGAUUUGCUGGAUCCCCCUGAGGUGGUUCGCAAGAAGAUCAAAUCGGCGUUCUGUGAGGAGGGAAACGUUGAAGAUAAUGGUGUACUCUCAUUCGUUGGAGCCGUGUUAAUACCCAUAAGUCAGCUGAGGAAAGAACGGGCCGAAGGGAAGACGAUGGACGAUGCGGAGGAGGGCAAGGACGUUGAGACCACCGGGGAUCAGCGACCAUUUGCAACCGCUGAUGCACCGGAGGGGACUCUGUUCACCGUCGAGCGCGACGAAAAAUUCGGGGGAAACCUGCAUUACGACUCAUUCAACUCGCUCAAGGCAGCCUUUGCUGCCAAGGAUCUACACCCCAAAGACCUCAAACUCGCUGUCGCCAACGCCAUUAUCUCCCUUCUUGCUCCCAUCCGAAAAUCAUUUGAGGAAAAUGAGGACUGGCAAAAAGUAGAGAAGUUGGCUUACCCAGAUCCCAAUGCAAAGCCAGAAAAGAAGAAAAAGAAGGAGAAAGUCUACCACCCUCCUCCCCCAGGGAAGGGGAAGGAUGCCAAUAAGCCUACAGAGUCGAUUGCUGCAGUUCCGGACUCGACAACCUCCUCUCCGCCACCGCCAAUAGUAGUAGGCCCUGAGGUGACAGCACAAGCAUCAGAAUCAUAA